AUGUUGUCCCUGCAGAUGAUUUCCGAUACACCGAUGGAUCCUCCAUCGUCAGACGUGGACAAAAUCGAAGACCAGAAAGAGAACGGACCUUCUUUCCACUGCGAUCUCUACGACACAGAAGUAGUCCACAAGAUAGCUCAGUUCUUCCUCCCCGGGCUCGCCACCGCUUGUGUCGACAACACAACCGGAGACAUCUUCCGUAGCCCAGGCUCCGUCGCCGCCGUCGUCAGAAAAGAAAUGAUCGAGUACCUCACUCGGAGAAGCGAGAGCUUCGUCGCUGAACACAUUGUUCUCCAAGGCGGUGGCUCAGAAACAGAAGCUUCUCACGUUCCUUACGACAUCAUAUCAGACUUCAUCGACGACUUCGCAACCUCCAAGAGAAACCUCUUCAGCCGAGUCUCCGGCUGGUUGCUUAGCGAGAGGAGAGAAGACAACAUCGACGACUUCGCGCAGGAGAUGGAGAUAAGCGGCUUCUGGUUAACGGAUCACAGAGAAGCCAUCGCACAGACAUUGCUUAAAAACGUCGACUUCAAAAACGCUUCUCAUUGCGAGAUGAAGUUUCAGACGGAGAGAGAACUCUCCGAGCAUGCUUUGACUUGCGGUUAUAGAACGAUGAACUGUGAUAACGAAGGUUGCAACGCGGUCUUCUGCGCGAACCAGUUUGAGAAUCACGACAAGGUUUGUCCGUUCAAGAUCAUUCCGUGUGAGCAGAACUGCUCGGAGAGUAUCAUGAGACGUGAGAUGGAUAGGCAUUGUAUCACUGUGUGUCCUAUGAAGCUUGUCAACUGUCCGUUUCAUGUCGUUGGUUGUCUCUCCGAUGUGCAUCAGUGUGAGGUCCAGCAGCAUCAUUUGGAUAAUGUCAGCUCUCAUUUGAUGUAUAUUCUCCGGAGCAUCUACAAGGAAGCGUCUCUUCAUGAUCUCAAACCUCGAGCGGAACAGAUACAACAGUUGUCUAGUCGGUUGUCUGAAGCCAAGAAUGCAAGAUCGCUGACUAAUAUGGUUAAGGAGAUUGAUGCAAAGCUGGGGCCUUUAGAGAUCAAACCAAAGAAUGUUAGUGACUCAGAGUCUGAUAAACGUGAAAGUACAGAAGAGAGAGCUUUGGAAGAAGGUGAAAGGAAAGAGAAAGAAGAGACGAGUGGGUUAAAGAUUGAUUCAUUGGAGGAAACGGCGAGGGAAGCAGAGGUUUUAGUAGACAAUGUGAUGGUGGAAGAAUCUGUGGGGAAAGUUUCAGAAGCUGAGAUAGCAGAGAAUGUUAACGAAGAAGGCGAAAUGAAAGCUCAAAAGCUUUUGGAAAUAGGGGAUUUCAGCAAGGAAGAAGACAACAGCUCUGCGUCUGAUUUGUCAGAGAGAACUGAAACCAAAGCUCCAGAAGUUGUGGUCAUGGAUGAAGAUAGAGAGGAAGAGGAGGAGGAGGAGAGUGCAGAGACAAAAGACUUAAGAACAAGUGAAACCAGAGGUUUAGAGAUUGAAGCCAAUGACGUGAUUGAUGAAGAGAAUAGAGAGACAGAUAAAUCAACCGAAGCUCCGUCAAGAAAAGCGAUGGACAAGGAGGAGGAUGAAGAAGGAACAGAGACAGUGAGUUUAAAGGCUCAAAUUUCUGAUGAAGCUGAAGCAUUGUCAAAGAGCAUAGAAGGAUUUUCUGUUGAGCAAGCUAAAACCGAACCCAAUAUGUCUUGA